CUGCUGUUGGCUUGAAGUCUGGAGUCACCAGUUGCUAGCCUACUCACAGCCUACACAGAAUGAAAUGCUGCGUCUGCUGGCUGCCAGAUCAUUAGCCAUAUCAGGAGCCAACAUAUUCAAGUUUGCUUGUACCUGCAGAGAUGUCGCUGGCCUUGAAAAACUUCUCUCCAGUAUAUUGAGAGCAAGUCUACAACUGUUGGAAGAUACUGAAGCUGAAGUGAGACAGCUUGUGUCAAGCUUUCUCUGCCAGACUUCCAGCCUCAACACACUGACAGGCACCUGGUGUUACCCGGCUCUGUCACAAUUAGUUAUUGCAGAGCUGUGCUGGAACUCAGACCUUGUGGACACUCUCACUGAAGUGUUGUACACUCCAGGGCAAUUAGGCUUGGCCAUUGAUGCUGCUUUCAGCCUCAGGCGGCAAGUGUUGUUUGAACCGGAGACCACCAGUUGUUUGUCAGAAUGUCACAUCCGUCAAAUCUGGGCCUACAACACUCUCCAGAUGUUAGCUGCUACUACUAGCAGUCCAGUCUUGCAGCAAGUGCAGGCUGCAGUCCGGUGUGCCAGAGAUGAUCUCAACUCUAACAUGGAUCUCAUCAGGGACAAUCUGUGUGAGUUCCCAUUAUUCAACAUCAGCCACAAUGAGGGUGUCAUUUCAUCACUUCUUGGAGUGCUCCUCCUCAUUUGCCUGCAUGGAACAAUGUUCACUGAAGACAGACAAGACACAGAUAGCAAGAGCUUGCCAGAACUUGUUCAGUCUUUACUUAAG